GCCUAAGUUCGAACACGUGUAUAUUCUUUUCACCCCUUUUAGAUCUCCCCAAGCGAACACGCCCAAAAUCUUUCCCCCGAACCAAACUCACUUCUACUGUUCUUCCUUCGAAACUCCUCAAAAUCUAAUCUUUCAUCUCAAUCAACUCAAUAAUCUUAAUCAGGUACCCUAAAGAUUCAAUCUUUACUUUACUUUUGUGUUCUCGCACCUGAUUAACUUCAAUUUUCUUGCUGUUCUUGAUUGUUUAAGUUGGUUUUGUAAUUGGGUAUUUAUGAAUUGUUGUAGUCGUUGUAGUGUAAUUGUAUUUGUAUGAAUUGGAUUUUGUUCAGAUUCUGAAAAUGGAUAAACAUGAUGAUGAUGUGGGAGUUUCUAGGGUUAGUGAAUCUAGUGGGAAUGCUACUGUUUUAGUAGCUGGUGAAACCCUAGAUGAGGAGAAGUUGGGUUGUGGGGGUGAUGAGAGUGGGGAGUUAAUGGUGGGGUUAGUUGGUUCUGAUGUGUUUUUCGACGGUGUUAGUGGAGUUGGGGUUGGUGGAAAUGGCGAAUUGGGGGUUCAGGGAGAUGGGUUUGUCGAUGAUCAGGGAAGGGGAGAUGGGGUUGAGGAGUUAGGGGAAAUUGCGGGAUCAUCGGGUGAUAAGGUUUUUGAGGGCGAUGGGGUUGUGAGUGAGGAUGUCGUUAUGGAGGAAGUUGGUAUUGUGGCAAAAGAGGUUGUUGUAGAGGAGAAUGUGAAGGUUGCGGUGAGUGAGAGUGGUUUAGAAAGAGGUGAAGAAUUGACUGAAAGGGAGGGUGUUAGCUGCGAAUCGACUGUCCCGUUUCCUUGUGAAGAUAGUGAUAUGCAUGGUGAUGCUAUGAACUGUGAUACUAAAGUCGUCGAAGAGGAUGUGAAAGUUGUGAUGAAUGAGGAUUCUAAGAACUAUGGUGAAGUGACUGAAAGCGAUCGUGUGAGCUGUGAAUUGGCUACACUGUCUGCUCAUGAAGAUAGUGAUAUGCAUGGGGAUGCUAUGAAGUCUAAUACUAAAGUUGUCGAAGAGGAUGUGAAAGUUGUGGUGGAUGAGGAUUCUAAGAAAUGUGGCGAAGUGACUGAAAGGGAUUGUGUGACCUGCGAAUUGGCUACACUGACUGAUCUUGAUGGCAGUGAUAUGCACGGGGAUGCUAUGAAGUGUGAUACUAAAGUUGCCAAAGAGGAUGUAAAAGUUGUGGUAGAUGAGGAUUCUCUCAAAUAUGUAGAAGUGACUGAAAGGGAUGGUGUGAGCUGUGAAAUGGCUAUAUCGUCUGCUGGUGAAGAUAUUAAUAUGCAUAGUUAUGUUAUUGAAGAGGAUGUGAAGGUUGCGGCUAAUGAGGAGUCAUUAGGAAGAGGUGAAAUUGUGAUUGAAAGGGAUGAGGUGAGCUGUAAAUUGGCUACUACAUCUGCUGAAGAAGAUAGUUCCAUUCCCAGGGAAGCUGUAAAUGGUGCUGAUGAAGUUGGUGCAGGAGAAACUUUGGUGGUUACUGAGUCCUCCAGUGUAAGCACCCACAUUGCAGAAGAACUUGAUUCUGUAGUAAAUGAGGAUAGAGCAGAAGCUGUAAAAUCUUCAGUUGAAGUUCUUGAGAAUCAGCUGAUGAAGCCAGUUAUUGGUGUUUUAGGUGACGAAGCAUCGGAUGCACAUGUUUUAUAUGAUAUAGUUUCUUCAGACAAAAGUGUAGGGACUGCCAAGAGAACAGGGUUGAUUGAAGGUGUUAUCGAGGAGGAUAUGAAGGUUCCGGGGAGCGAGAGUGGUUUGAAAAGAGACGAAGAAGUGACUGUUAGGGGUGAUGUGAGCUCUGUGUUGGCUACCCCGUCCGCUUGUGAAGAUGGUCAUAUGCAUGGGGAUGCUAUGGAUUCCGAUACUAAAGUUGCCGAAGAGGAUGUGGAAGUUGUGACGAAUGAGAAUUCUAGAAAAUGUGAAGAAGUAACGGAAAGGAAUGCUGGGAGCUGUAAAUUGACUGUCACAUCUUCCUGCGAAAAUACUGAUAUACAGGUGGAUACUAUGAAUUGUUCCAGUAAAGUCAUCGAUGAAAAUCCAAAAAUUGCACCUAUUGAGAAUGCUUUUGGAAGAGGUGAAAAUGUAAUUGACAGGGAUGAUGUAAGCUGGGGAUUGGAGAGUGGUAUACAUGCGGUUGCUGAAAAUGGUACUGAUGAAGUUAGUGCAGGCGAUAAAUUGUUGGUUACUGGGUCCUACAAUGCAGAUACUAGCGGUGCUGCCGAAACCCUUACUUCCGUAGCUAAUGAGGAUGGUGCAGAAGAAGCUGUGAAACCAUUGGGUAAAGCUCUUGAGAAUCAGAUGAUGCCGAAUAUUGGUUUGUUGGGUAAUGAAGCAACUGAUGCACAUGUUUUAGAUGAUAUGGAUACUUCAGAUAGAAGUGGCGAGACUGCCAUGAGGACAGGGCUGAUUGAGGGUGAGUUUGAUAUUGAUGAAGGCACUCAAACUUCUAUAGAUUUGGUAUCCACCAUUGAGCGUUCUGGAAUAGUUGCAGGUGUUACUGAAGCUAUUGAUGACAAGAUUCUAAAUUCUGAUGGAGAUGUCAAAUUUGGAGAUCACAAAUUUUUGACAACUGCGAGUGAGGAAAUAUUAGUUGAGAAUGCUGAAUGCAGAAGAGAGAAAGAGCUAAAGGCUGAGCCUUUGCAUGGGAGCUCCAGAAGUGAUAUUGCUGUCUGCUCAGAUCCGGAGUCAGGUGGUAAGCAAAUCCUAGCUGACACCCAGCUGAUUUUGAAUGAUAGCUUGCUAGUAAAUCCUAUAGCAAAUAUUGACAGGCAUGAAACUAUUUGUUCAGAUACUGGGAAAAAUGUUGAACAAUUUGACAUCCUCGGAACAAAUGUUUCCGGGGAUGGUUUUAAGGAGGCAAUCGAUUCUAAAGAAAAUGGAUCAGUGGCUGAUGCUUCGAACCACACCUUAAGCGGUUGUAUUGAGGGAGUAAUGGCUGGUAAUAACUCAGAAAUUGAUGUCGGUAUACACACAUAUCCUAUAUCCUCAAGCCAAGAAAACCACGAUACUGAGGCAACAAUGAUGAGCAUAAAUGUUGCAGAUUCAAAUAUGGAAGUUUCAACAACUGCUAUGGAUGCCAUUUUCGGUUCAGAAGAUAUUCGAGGUUUAAAGUUUGAUCCUUCUAGAAAAGAUGGCGAUGUACCUAUAAAUGAAGAAAAAAUUAACAAACAUGUGACGGAUUGUAUAGACUCCGGUGUUCAAGAAACUGAAGGAGAUUCUGAUUUGCCGAUUCCAAAGUUCUUGGAUGCAACUUCAACCGGCAAUUUUGUUGAGGGUACUUCAGGUCAAGAUCACAUUUUGGAAGUCGAAGAAGAAUAUAAUGAUGAAAAUCAGGCCGAUGCAAGUAAGAUGGAAGAAACAGAUGGUCUAGACAAGGCUAUGGAUUUUGAACAGUCAGAUGCUUUUGAUGAGAAAUUUCCUGAACAGAUGUCUCCAGGGGAUGGGAGCUUAUUUAGUGAUUGCCACUCUCAUUAUCUGCUACCACCAGAAAAUGAAGGUGAGUUCUCAGCUUCUGAUUUGGUCUGGGGGAAAGUCAGGAGCCAUCCUUGGUGGCCUGGGCAGAUAUGCAAUCCUUCCGAUGCAUCAGAGAAGGCAAUGAAACAUCAUAAAAAGGACUGCUUCUUAGUGUCAUACUUCGGAGAUCGAACUUUUGCGUGGAAUGAUGCAUCUUGGCUGAGGCCAUUCAGGACACAUUUUUCUCUAAUAAAGGAACAAAGCAAUUCUGAAGCAUUUCAACAUGCAGUUAGCUGUGCGCUAGCAGAGGUUUCUCGACGGGUGGAGUUGGGACUUGCCUGCUCUUGCAUACCGAAAAAAUCCUUGGCUGGUAUUGAAUCUCAAAGUCUGGAGAAUGCAGGGAUUCAUCAAGAAGCUGCAAUAAGAUAUGGUGUAGAUGAAUCUUCUGCCGCUUCUUGUUUUGAGCCUAAGGAACUUUUGGAGCAUAUAAGAUCGUUAGCUGUUCUCCCAGCUGCUGGCAGUGAUGUCCUAUUACAGCUUGUGAUAUCAAAGGCUCAAUUAUCGGCUUUCUCUCGUUUCAAGGGACAGUGCCCCCUGCCUGAGUUCCAGUCAUAUGGGGGUUUGCUGGAGAAGGAUGCAAAUACUGAUGGAAUUCAGCAGCAUGUUAACCAAAUUAUAAGUGAAAACAACUUCAGUAGCAAACGCAGUCAUGAUUUUGUUGACAGUCUACCCCCAAGAAAGAAAGAGAGAAGCAUGUCUGAUUUGAUAGAGGAUAAGCCACACUCCUCAGAUGUUGACGAUGAGUUCAACAGCAAUAUCACAGAUAAGUCUUUUGCAACAUCUGCCGGAAUAAAGAGAAAGGCUCAAAAUUCUCUCACUGAAGGGUCAGAUAAAAGACAGAGUUAUUAUGCUGCCAAAGUGUCUACCACUGCAUCUCAAAGUCCUAAGCCAUCAUUUAAGAUUGGUGAGUGCAUUCGUAGGGCGGCAAGUCAACUGACCGCAUCUCCAUCACUUGUGAAGUCUAACAGUGAAAAGUUUCUUAAGGUUGAUGAUAGUGUUGGGCAACAUUUAGGGUUAGACGACACUUCGCAGAUUCCUGUGAACUCCCAAAAAGAGAGGACGAUGCUUUCACCAGAGCACUCAUCUUUAGCUGAGACUCUUUCCCAACUUCACUUGGCAGCACAGGAUCCUAUAAAAGGCUACAGCUUCUUAAAAAACAUUACUACUUUUUUCACUGGUUUUCGACAUUCAGUUGCUUCAGGCCAGAACUCUAGAAUGCGGAACUUAUCUACAGGAAGAGGUGGUAGAAAGAAAAAAGCACCCCAGUCAAUUUUGAACUCUCCUGAAGAAUUUGAAUUCGAUGAUGUGAAUGAUUCCUACUGGACAGAUAGAAUAGUACAAAACUAUGGUGAGGACGAACUGCUAAAUAAUGCCCAGAAUGGAGAAGCUGAUUAUCAGUUAUUGCUUCACCAGGCUGAUAAACCCGUAAAAUCCAGUCGUAGAUCGAGAAAGCAAUUUUCUAAUGGGGAGCAUCUAGUGGUAGCAGAGGAACCCAUAGCAGAACAAAUUGAUAAGAAACAAGAUUGCUCACCCACAGAACUCAUACUUAACUUCUCCGAGGGACAUUCUCUUCCUACAGAACUGAAUCUUAAUAAAAUACUCAGGCGCUUUGGCCCAUUGCGGGAAUGUGAAACUGAGGUUGACAGGGAAACCAGACGUGCGAGGGUCGUCUAUAAGAGGUCUUCUGAUGCAGAAGUUGCUUUAAGUAGUGCUGGGAAUUUCAAUAUAUUUGGGCCAAUGCAUGUUAAAUACGAGCUCAGCUAUGUGCCAUCAGCACCAUAUAAACCUUUGCCAGUUGCAGCAUUAGAAGGCGAGCUUAAUGCAAGUUCAUUUAUUUAGGUGCUUUUUUUAUAGUUGAGAGGGGCCAGCGGGACCAGGUAGUGUGAGCUGCACAAGUGCUCAUAGUGGAUGAGAUGGAGGUACCAGUCUAUUUGUUAAUCUCUGUAUGAAGAAGAUCAAUGAAGUCUAGUGAUACCCUGUAUCAUGGCCAUAAUGUAUUUUAUCACUUACUAUAACCACAAAGGUCAUGUAUUUUAGUUAGGACUCAGUUGACUCAGUAUUGAUAGCCAGUUACCGAGGUUUUUGUCCUUGUAAGAUUUGAUUUGUCAUUUCAUUUUGGCAUAUGAUGUUGUGAUCUGUUAUAUAUUUGAAUUGCUGCUCAUGUUAAACCAUCUAACAUUUCAAAAAAUCAUAUCUUGUAUCACUGCAGAAUUUAUUUCUUGGUUC